AUGGCUGCAUCUCACAAAUGCGAAAGCAAGCCAGACGUGGAACAGAACGUGCUUCUUAAAAGCGGAGAGGGGUGCUCCGCUCUCCGGGCUGUUGUGGUGGGCUUGCUAAAGAAGACUACUGGCCUCCUGGGGCUGGCGGUGUGUAAUACAAAUGAGAAGUUGGGUAUGGCUAAAGCGGAACCAGAUGCUAAAAAAUUAGAAGACCAGAUUCAGGGUGGCCAAAUAGAAGAGGUGAUUCUUCAGGCUGGAAGUGAACUAAGCCUGGCAGGAAACAUGAUACAGUGGAAACCAUGGGAGUGGGGAGCGGAAGAGCCUCCUGCCGGCCGAUGGAAAUGGCUGAUAUAA